AUGAAAGUGCAACUUAGCCUGCAAUUGGUGACGCUUUACCUUCGUCAGAAGAAUUUUAGUUACGCAUAUCCGCCAGCUAUAAAUGACAGCAUGGCGUAUAUCUCAGCUCUUUUUGAAACUGAACGCCGUAAACAUAUUUUUCAAGCACUUUUAAGUGACCACGAAAUCAAUUUCAAUACAGCUGAAGAGCACGUUCUUCAAUUUGUGGAGACUGGUGCAAUUUUAACGCCGUCUACCGUCCCAUGGAGCAGUCUAGGCAAUACCACUGCACCGUUGACUGCUAAAGAAACCGCGCUGAUUGCGGCAUUAAAAUCAUGCCAAAAGCCAGCAGAUGCUGUCACGUUUUCACCAUGA